AUGGAGGGGAAGAGACAGCUGUAUAAAAGGGACUUUGGUAAAAGACUCUCUCUGGACAGCAGUCUUGUGGAAUACAUGGACUCUAAUAAGUGCAUUGAGCACCUGCUGACGCAGCUCAGGGAGCAGCACCGGAGUCUCUGGCGGGAGAAGUUGGCUGUGGCCAGGCUGCAGAGAGAAGUUGCUCAAAGGACAAACCAAGGGGCCAUGCAUGAGAAGCUGAUACAUGAGUUGGAAGAGGAGCGACACUUACGGCUACAGAGCGAGGAGCGGUUGCGGGAGGUGACCCUGGAGUCGGAACGCAACAGGAUCCAGAUGCGUGGGCUGCAGCAGCAGUUCUCCAGGAUGGAGGAAACUGUCCGAAGUCUGUUGCAGAGCCAAGGGUCUCCAGAGCAGAAAAGGGAAGAACCUGCAAAGAUCACGGCUUUCCAGGAAAGAGUGUCUGAGGAAGAGAGAAAACACCAAGAAGAACUGGCUGCUCUCCAUUCAGCAGUAGAUGAAGACUCAAGAAGUGAAAGCAGCAGUACCAAUGAGGGAAAAGAAAACACCAGGCUGCUCUUGAAGAGACUGAAGGCCCUGGAGGCGGAGAACUCGGCACUGGCGCUGGAAAACGAGAGUCAAAGAGAACAAUAUGAGAGAUGUCUUGAUGAGGUAGCCAACCAAGUCGUCCGUGCUCUACUCACUCAAAAGGACCUGAGGGAGGAGUGUGUAAAGUUGAAGACCAGAGUGUUUGACUUGGAACAACAGAACCGGGCGCUCAGCAUCCUGUUCCAGCAGCGCGUCAGACCAGCUUCUGAUGUGCUUCUCCAGGAACACCUCCAGAAUGCAAAAUCAGGAACCCCUGCCUUGAGACACUCGGGUUCAGGGGGAGUCAUCCCUGAUCACCUCUGUCCUGGAAACAGCUGCAGCAGCAGCAGUGAAUUGUCCCUGUCCAGCACCUGCAGCGAGUUCUCCAGUGACUCCUCCUACAAGUGGCCCGACAGGAAGCUCCUUGGGAAAAGGCAAUCAUCACAGAACUGGGAUAAAAGACUGAGUAUCGAUUCCUCGCUCCCAAGUGGCUUUGCCAGCCCUGCAGAUGAACUACCUCCAACCCGCAUCAAAGAAAGUCACAUUUUGGAAGGGCUGAGGAAGCUACAGAAGCGGAAAGUGUUACUUGAACCACCGUCGGUGAUAACCAAAUGGGGCUAUAAAGAUUGCAUGAACUCGAAUGAAGGAAUCUAUUCUCCAGGAAUAAAAAAUAGCAGCCUCAAGGAGUAUCCCUCCUGCCAACCACCUGGCUCAGGGAUCCCCUGCAAGGGUCUCCAUCAUUCCUUUAUCUAUGAUGCAGAUUCUCGUGAGAAUGUAGAUGAAGACUCCCCACCCUCAGCUCUGCUGCAAGCAGCUCCAAGCCAGAGCUGGAGGAUCCAGGGCAGUAAAUUAACCCACAGUGUUUCAGACAGUCUAUUUAGCUGGGAGCCACACGGAAAAUACUUUUCAGAAGGUACAGCUUUAGUUCAUACGAGAGAAAUGCCUGAAAGACUAGUUCGCUGUGCUAGCCACUGUCCCUUGGACAGGAAGUUAUGCCCCAGCAUCCACCUGCCCUGGGUGCAAAGGGACAGGGACCCACACAGGGACCAUGUGGCCCUGAACCUUCAUUUUUCAGACACAGAUGAUAAUGAAACCCUAAAUGAGCUGCAUAUAGAAAGCAGCGAUGAGAGAAGUCCCUCAGACCUGUCAUUGACGGGGGACACAGACAAGUCCAUGGAGAACAUAGAUGGGGGAUCUAGAAAGUCUGAAUGGGGCUCUCAGGAUGUGGAGGAAGAAUGUCUCACCCGCUCAGAGACAAGGCCAAAGACGUUCAGUUUCAUCAGGCAGCAUAGGGUUGUCAAGAGGACCUCUUCGGAAGAAUGUGUCACAGUCGUAUUUGAUGCAGAAAAUGGAGAGCCCGUGGAGUUUAGCUCCCAUCAGACUGGAGUUGUCACUGUGACCAGGGAUGAAAUUUCCAUCAACUCAGCCCCUGUUGGACCCUCAGAACUCACUCAACUUUUACCUCAGGGAACUACUCCUUUACAGCCAGAAGCAACCGCAAGAGACUAUCCUUUCCGGAAGAGACCUGAAGAAGAGACUGAGAAAAACAUUCCAAAAGACGAGAACACUAUUCCCACAGCUCUGACUGACUCCUUUGACUCUCAGACUAUAGUAACUCAGAAUUACCCACGACCAAAGCCCGCCAAACCAACACAAAAUGUAGCCUGCCAGAGUAAUUCUAGACCUGGGGCAAACAUGGGUGUCUAUGCAAAGCCGGGUCUGACAAAAAUUCCUUCCAGAGGCAAGUCUUCACCUCAAAAAUCAAAGCUGGUCAAUCCUGCGCCAGCCACACUGGUCCCUUCCAGUAGCUUAGUGACUCAUGAAAAGACACCAGCAUCCCCUCCAGGGAACCCUUCGCAGUGCAUAAAGACAGAGAGUCCUGGCUCUUUCUGUGAUGUACAGCCAGAAUCACACAUUCCGAACCAUCCCACCCAGCUUCCUCAUAUCCCCAACAUUUCCAACAAGAAAAAUUGGAUUCAGUGUCCCAAGAGUCAGGCUCCAGGGAUCCAGUCACAGCAUCUCGUGGGGAGCGAUGACUGUGACAGAUGCCCCACGAAAGCCAAACGCUGUGACUCUGGGUCAGAGUCAAGAGUGAGGUCUCCCUCCCCUCCACCCACUCCAGGGAGGUCAGUCUCCCUCCUGGUCAGAACCAGUUAUGACUAUUCACCGCAGCCAUCACCUGCCAAACCCAAAACUAGGGUCCCUAGGGACACUGGAGGCGCAGGGUUGAAAUCCCCACUGUUGAAAGGAUCCUCUGUUCCUGUCAUCUCUCCCAGUCCAGCUGUGACAGAACCACAGAAGAAGAAACCUUCUGUGGCCUCCAAAAAGCCUGCUUUCCCUCCCACUCUUCCCCCUACGGAUACAGUGGUACAUGCCCGACACCCUGAGCACACAUCCUCCAACUCAUUUGCUGCAAUGGCUACAGGACCUCCAAAGGUCUCUCCAAAGAGAGGCAUCCCCAAACCUCCUCCUCACCAAGCACUUGGAACCACACACAUGGACACAGAGUUACAAAUACCCAAGACUUGUCCUUCAACUUAUGAACUGCUAGAGGUAGCAUCCUCAAAAAACCUGUCUCCAGGGAGAAAAGAACAGUUGAGUGACAGCUCUGUGAUACCCCAUAGGCCUUCCUUCUCAGGGACGAAUGAGUCCUUGACAUCUCAGGUUAACAGUCCCUCCCCAUCUUCCUCAUCCUGCAGAAGCCAGGGCAUGUCACAAAGCCGUCAAAACCCUCCCGAGAAAGGACCGAAAACUCGCCUCCCUAUAGGACUCAAAGUUCUCAUGAAGUCUCCUCAGUUGCUCAGGAAAAUGUCCAUGGUGCCAGGGAAACAAGAAAAGGAUAGUUUAAAUGAAGCUUCUAGAAGUUCUGUGACUUUGAGCAAGUCUAAUCCCAAGGACUCCAGAGAUCCAGCGAGCCUGGAGACCUCAGGACAUGAGAGAACAGCAGCCUUGCUAAGCCCACCAUGUCUAGACAGUUUAGCUAGGGAGCUUCCCUUUGAGUCAACAUUGCAGGGGUCCGUGGAAAGCAGCACCUCUAGAGCUGAUGGAAGAGAGGGAGUGGAGAACAGAUCUGUGAAAAGAUCUUUCUCCUCCAGCAAGCCACACCUAAAGCCAGCUCUAGGCAUGAAUGGAGCCAAAGCUCGGAGCCAGAGCUUCAGCAUCCACUUGGGAGAGAAGCCCUCCAUGGCACCAACAGAAGGGCCGGGCAAAAUUCGAACUCAGAUUAUUACCAACACAGCUGAGAGAGGCAAUUCGCUCACCAGGCAGAACAUCUCCAUGGAAGGGUCCCCAAGCAAGACCCCCUGUGUCUCAACAUCUGAUAAUCUUCCCAAUGGAGGGAGGCCGCUGGAACAGUCCUUCUCCAGACAGGGUUCCCUCUGUAGUACAGGGAGUUCUAGCAGCCAGCAUGGAAGCCCAAGCAAGUUACCUUUGAGGAUGCUCACAAGGCCAGAAGAACUCCCCACCUCUGGAGUGGAUGACCAACAGAUCUAUAAUCAGAAAGAAUGUCCUGGGGUGGAGGUGGUAUGUGAGCAAUCCAGCAGUGACCACCACAGGCAUCCAUCCACCCCAUCAGACUGCCCUCAAUCCCCACAAAUCCCAGGGAGGAUGCAGCGUCCAUGCAAUUUAGAAACAAAUGGGAUAUCCAAGCUAGAAACUUCUGGACGGCAUCCAGAUGCUUCUCCAACUGGGACUGGUAUCGUGAGCCCAGAAGCCCCCCUCUCACCCUCCAUUGAAGAAAAGGUCAUGUUGUGCAUUCAGGAGAAUGUGGAAAAGGGCCAAGCACAGACAAAGUCAGCUUCUGUGGAAGUGAAGCCCAAGGCAGGGCCUUCGUUCACCAGCUGGUUUGGCUUUCGGAAGAGCAGACUUCCAGCUCUCAGUAGCCGGAGAACGGAGGUCUCCAAAAGUAAAGUGGAAAAGAAAGAAACAAAACUAAAAUCGGAGAGGAAAAAAGAAAAGAAGAAAGCCGAAGUACAGUCCAAGGCAGAAAGUGAACUGAGUAGGAGCACCAAGGCGGGCACCACAGUGGCAGAUGGUCAGAGUUCAGAGGAUGGUUUGCCAAGCACACACAAUCUCAAAGCGUCCCAAGACAUUUAUAAUGAAAUGAAGUUGGAGCCAAGAAAUAGACCCAGCCCUGCUGUGUGCUCAACAAAAGACGCCUUCAUGACAGAACUUCUAAACAGAGUUGAUAAGAAAGGAGCGCUCCAGACAGAAAGUGGAUCAAAGGGUGUUUCCUGCAGGAGCCUGUUAGAGGGCACCUCCCAGGGCUCCUGUUUCGCCAGCGGCCCAGUCAGCACUCGAGGAAGUCAAAAGAAAAACAUCAAAACCAAAGUCGAUAUGGAAAAACCAAGAGAAUCCCUGGGGGCAGAAGUCCAUGAAGACUUACGAGAGGAUGAAGAAGACAGAGUUGCUGACUCCACGCUUCAGAGCCACGCGAUAGAAUCAAACUGCCAGAUGAGAACAUUGGACAGCGGGAUUGGAACCUUCCCUCUCCCAGACUCAGGAAACCGCUCAAUGGGACGAUACACAUGCCAGCAGGACUCGCCAGAGGACCCUGAGCCCCUCCCACCUCUCCAUCCAACCUCGUCCGUAGUACCAUCCUCUGCCAGAGCCCAAACCCUUGAACCUGAAGUGCCUUGCUCCACAGACAGCCAGAGUUCCUCCGAGUCCACCAUCAUCCAUUCCGUAUCUGACCCCAGCAUGAUGGCCAGAGGGAUGCAGAGUCACCUGCCCAAGCCCACCUCCUCAGGAAAAACCAGCUUCCAAAAGCAGAAUGAAGCAGAGUCAAAGACGCAGCCUGCUCCAUCAUUCGACUAUACGGAGGAUGCAGUGGCGAGUGAGCCCCUUUCAGGGUGGGGUGAAGAUGCUACCACCGAAACCCAGGAGCUGAAACAAGUCGAAGAAACAAAGGAAGAUCCUGAGAAUAGAUUAUCUGAAAUUUCCCUGGAGUCGUUCAAUAAAUUUAACAGCAAUACUGUGAUUUUAUUAGAACCAGAGAAGUCUCCAAGCAAGGUUAAAGGACAAAAGGAAGAGAAAGGCAAAAAGAUAGAUGUGUCAUCGAGUAACUCGGCGAGGCCAGGCAUGGACAAUGUGGAGUCUCUGAGUGACUCUCUGUAUGACAGCUUCUCUUCUUGUGCAAGUCAGGCUUCCCAUGAUGCCUAGGGGAGCACCGGUCAGUGAGCCCUGGGCUCGGUGCACUAGGAAAACAGCCACAGAGCUGGAUGUGGGGAGCACUAACUCCAGAGGAGAUGAUAGCAGCCAAGGCACCAGAGUUUACUCCCCUAGUGGACUGAUAGAGAUCGCCGCUACUGUGUUUCCUGAGGGUUAAAAGCAAAAUAUGAUAGAAAAUUCUCAAUGUUUGCACUUUUUUUGAGUAUUUGUAUAAAAGCUGUAAAUUUGGGGGAAAGAGAAAUUAUAUUUGUAGGUGGAGAAAGAUAGCAAUAAAAAGUGUUGGCGCCAUGCUCUUGAAAUGAUGUAUUAAGUUUUAGAAGUUGAUAAUAUAUUUUUAAAAAAAAAAAUAACUCCAACUAAGGAUUUUGUGAAGUUAAUCACCCCGGUCUUCAAAUUAUUUGCAUAUACACUGUGUCGAUCUAAACGUGGGGCCUGCAGAAAAACCAGAGGAUUGAGGUCAUCACUGCCCCCGAAAGUCCCAUUUUGAUUGAAAAUCUGAACGGUGGUCCAAUUUCCAAAUCGUCACUGGAAAGACUUAAGCAGCGAUGACAAGGAUGGCAUCUGCAGUGCUUCUGCAGAUGCAGAAUGGAGUGAAUCUCAGCAGGCUUCACCCCAGCCUCUCCACUGUAGUUCUCUACAACGCUGAGUGUUUGUUGAGUUUUUUAUCUUCCUGCUUUUUUUAUUAAAAUCUGGGUACUCUAUUUGUCAUAUUCACUUUAUAAAAAAAUGAAUAGUUGGUGCUAUGAACAUUUCUUACUUUUUAAUAUCCUUUUCUAUUAAAGACUGUUCAUAUGUGAGGAUAAAUUCUAUUUUAAAGGUUAUGUGUAUUUUUUCUAGACGUGAACUAUUUAUAAUUCCUUCUGUACAGAAGCCUGCAGCCCAGGCAGAGUAGAGCUAUGUUUAGGAUUUGUGCGGCUGCCUUAGCACACUUGUAUCUUUAUAGAGUAUUGUAUGACCAGUGUUAUUUUAUGUGUGCAAUUUGUUGUAAUUUGAAUUUUGUUAUCUUAAAUUCAAAUUGUGUAAAGCAUC